UGUCGUGUUGUUUGAUUGUGUUAUUUUUUUUAGUUUUUAGUUAAUUUAUUAAUUAAUUAACUUACUAUAAACAUGUCUGGACGCGGCAAGGGUGGUAAAGUUAAGGGAAAGGCAAAAUCCCGUUCUAACCGUGCCGGACUCCAGUUCCCCGUCGGUCGUAUCCACAGGCUUCUGCGCAAGGGCAACUACGCCGAGCGCGUCGGUGCCGGUGCCCCCGUGUACCUCGCGGCCGUCAUGGAGUACCUGGCGGCUGAGGUUCUCGAGUUGGCCGGAAACGCCGCUCGCGACAACAAGAAGACCAGGAUCAUCCCGAGACAUCUCCAGCUGGCGAUACGCAACGACGAAGAGUUGAACAAGCUCCUCUCCGGCGUGACCAUCGCCCAGGGCGGUGUGCUGCCUAACAUUCAGGCCGUGCUCCUGCCCAAGAAGACCGAGAAGAAGUUCGAACUUCGCACUGUGAACGUCUAA